GGGACGCGGAACUUCCACGGGACGGAGGCGGUGCAGCGGAGCGUGAGCGCCUCGGCGGGGGGCUAGCCCGGCCCGGUCUGGUCUGGCCGGCCGUGGGACUGACGGGGGAAGGGGGAAGCAGGAACGACGCUGAAACCCGCCGGGGCGAAGUUUCGCAGUUGCCCCGCUGGGCGAACAAGAGGGGCCGGAGGCCGCGGCGUCGGGAGCAUGAGAGGUCUGCCCCGGCCUCGCCGCUGCCGCGUCCGCGGGAGGACGGGCCGGUGCCCGCGGCGGUGAGAGGCGGCCCAGGGAGUCGCUUCUCGGCGCCUGCGGGCGGGAGGAGGACGAGGAAGCGAGAGGCGGCGGCUGCGCCCGCGGGGACCCCCUCAGCCCGCGGCCGCCCGCCCUCCGCUGAGGUGCCUGCGAGCCCUCUCCGCCCCUCCGCAGGGCGAGCUUUAACGCUCCCUGUCGCCCUCCGUUUCCUUGCCCCCGGCGGGGGAGGAGGAGGGGCGGCGGCAAGGAGCCCUCCCGGGAUCCCUUAGGACGACGCGGAGGCGCCUGGAAAGCCCCGAGCCCGAGGAGGCGGGUCCCCCGCCGGCCCCCCGGGCCGCCGCAGCCUGCCAGCCCUGCGUCCGCCUCCCUCUGCCCUUCCUACCGGAGGCUUCACCGUGCGGGCGGGCUCGCGGAGGAGGCCGGAGGAAGCCGCCCGUGCCCUUGGCGGCGGCCCGGCGGUGCGUGUGCGCAUGGAGGGGCCGGGCGCGGAGCCGGGGCGGCGAGGGCGAGGAGAGGCUCCGUGAGGGCAGCGGCCCUGACGGGGACCGCCGCCGCCUCACCGGGCGUUUCCCUCCCGCCCUGCCCUGGCCGGGCUUCCGACCCUGAAGGCGCUCGGGCUAGUCUCCGAAAAAAACCAAAACCCACCAACCCCCCCGCCCCCCAACCAACUUUUCCGCAGCGGCCGAGGAUGGAGCCUGCCGGUAUGGAUUAUUUCUGCGACCAGGUACAGCAGAAGGACGUGGGCCGCAGGAUGCAGGUCGGCCAGGAGCUGCUGGAAUACCUGAGCGACCCGGCGAGGUCCCCCGAUGUGGAGCAGGACCAGCAACGCCUCGACAAAGUGAUCGACGAAUUAACAGGAUGGGUCAACUCCAGUAAUUUUAAGGUAGCAUUACUGGGAUUAGAUGUUUUAGGUGCCUUUGUCGACAGACUAUCAGGACGCUUUAAAUCCUAUAUAGGAACUGUUCUUCUGCCUUUGAUAGAUCGUAUGGGAGAUGCCAAAGACCAAGUUCGAGAGCAAGCACAGAAUCUUAUAUUGAAAUUGAUGGACGAAACAGCACCACCCAUGCAGGGACCAAAACAGAGAAGUCUUUCCUGUGCCUCCAACACUGAAAUACAGAAUUUUAGGCUCUCUGCCACAGAGAAACAUCCUUGUGGAAGAGCUGGGUGGAAUAAUUUUUUGGGGAUAAGUCCAUACAUUUGGGAACGCCUUGCUGUUGGUUUUAAACACAAGAAUUACCGAUCACGAGAAGGAGUGUGUUUGUGUCUUAUUGCUACCUUAAACAUUUAUGGUGCGCAACCAUUAAUCCUCAGCAAGUUGGUACCACAUCUGUGUACAGCAUUUGGUGACUCGAAUAGUCAGGUGAGAGAUGCUGCCAUACUAGCCAUUGUAGAGGUUUAUAGACAUGUGGGAGAGAAAGUACGAAUAGAUCUUACGAAGAGAGGAAUUCCUCCUGGCAGGUUGCAAACAAUCUUUGCAAAAUUUGAUGAAGUAAGAAACUCUGGAAAUAUGAUUUUAAGUAGCGUCAGUGACAAAAGCUUUGAUGAUGAAGAGUCAGUGGAUGGAAAUAGGCCAUCAUCAGCUGCUUCAGCCUUCAAGGUUCCGGCACCUAAAAAGCCAGGAAAUCCUUCAAACAGUGCAAGAAAGCCAGGAUCAGCUGGUGGGCCUAAGGUUGGAGGUUCCUCUAAAGAAGGAGGAGCUGGAGCUGUGGAUGAAGAUGAUUUUAUUAAGGCAUUUACAGAUGUUCCUACUGUACAGAUCUAUUCUAGUCGAGAACUUGAAGAAACAUUGAACAAAAUCAGGGAAAUUCUCUCAGAUGACAAACAUGAUUGGGAUCAACGAACUAAUGCGCUGAAGAAAGUUCGGUCGUUGCUUGUUGCUGGAGCUGCACAGUAUGAUGGAUUUUUUCAGCAUUUACGGUUGUUGGAUGGUGCUUUCAAGCUGUCGGCCAAGGAUCUCAGAUCCCAGGUGGUUAGAGAAGCAUGCAUUACUGUAGCCCAUCUCUCAACUGUUCUGGGAAACAAGUUUGAUCAUGGCGCUGAAGCUAUUGUGCCUACUCUUUUUAAUCUGGUUCCCAACAGCGCCAAAGUGAUGGCAACUUCUGGGUGCGCAGCCAUUAGAUUCAUUAUUCGGCAUACUCAUGUGCCACGACUCAUACCUUUAAUAACAAGCAACUGUACUUCAAAAUCGGUUGCAGUUAGAAGGCGCUCCUUUGAAUUUUUAGACCUGUUGUUACAAGAGUGGCAAACACAUUCAUUGGAAAGGCAUGCAGCUGUCUUGGUUGAAACAAUCAAGAAGGGCAUUCAUGAUGCUGAUGCAGAAGCCAGAGUGGAGGCAAGAAAGGCUUAUCUGGGUCUUAGAAAUCACUUUCCUAGUGAAGCUGAGACUCUCUACAAUUCUCUUGAGCCGCCCUAUCAAAGAAGCCUCCAGACCUACUUGAAGAAUUCUGGCAGUAUAGCAUCUCUCCCUCAGUCAGACAGGUCAUCCUCCAGCUCACAGGAGAGCCUCAAUCGGCCUCUAUCUUCUAAAUGGUCUGCAGCCAGCCCAGCAAGCCUUGCAGGCAGAGUUUCAGGCAGCAGCAAAAGUGUUCCAAGCCUAGGAACUCUGCAAAGGUCUCGCAGCGACAUUGAUGUUAAUGCUGCUGCAGGUGCGAAGGCCCGCCAUGCUGCUGGACAGACAGCUGGAGCUGGGCGCUUGUCAGCAGCCGGUCUACCUCCAGGAUCUUACGCUUCGCUAGAGGAUACUUCUGACAAGAUGGAUGGAACAGCUUCUGAAGAUGGUCGUGUACGAACAAAGCUUUCAACACCUUCUGUUGGUAUUGGGAAUUCUAAAACAGAUUCCAGAGGACGGAGUAGAACCAAAGUGGUGUCACAGUCUCAGCCUGGCAGUAGAUCUGGGUCUCCUGGAAGAGUUUUGACAACAACCACACUUUCCACUAUGAACACAGGAGUUCAGAGAGUGUUAGUGAAUCCUGCAACUGCACAAAAACGAAGCAAAAUCCCACGAAGUCAGGGAUGCAGUAGAGAAGCUAGUCCUUCUAGAUUGUCAGUAGCACGAGGCAGCCGCAUUCCUCGGCCUAGUGUGAGUCAGGGCUGCAGUCGGGAGGCCAGCCGUGAAAGUAGCAGGGACACAAGCCCUGUCCGCUCUUUUCCACCCCUUGCUUCCAGACAUCACUCCAGAUCCACUGGUGCCCUCUACGCUCCUGAUGCUUAUGGGGCUACAGGUACCGGCUUUGGAAUUAGUCAGUCGAGUAGAUUGUCGUCAUCAGUUAGUGCUAUGCGAGUUCUGAACACAGGUUCUGACGUGGAAGAGGCAGUAGCAGAUGCUUUGCUCUUAGGAGACAUACGGACUAAGAAGAAGCCUGUGCGAAGAAGAUACGAGUCCUAUGGGAUGUACUCCGAUGAUGAUGCCAACAGUGAUGCAUCAAGUGCCUGUUCAGAAAGGUCCUAUAGCUCUAGGAAUGGCAGCAUACCAACAUAUAUGAGACAGACAGAAGAUGUGGCUGAAGUCCUAAAUCGCUGUGCCAGCUCCAACUGGUCAGAGAGAAAAGAAGGCCUUCUAGGCCUGCAAAACUUACUGAAGAACCAGAGAACUUUAAGUCGUGUUGAGUUGAAAAGGUUGUGUGAAAUCUUCACAAGAAUGUUUGCUGAUCCUCACAGUAAGAGAGUGUUCAGUAUGUUUUUGGAGACACUGGUGGACUUCAUCCAGGUCCAUAAAGAAGACCUGCAGGACUGGCUGUUUGUACUGCUGACACAGCUGUUGAAAAAGAUGGGUGCUGAUUUGCUUGGGUCUGUACAAGCAAAAGUUCAGAAGGCACUUGAUGUCACAAGGGAAUCUUUUCCAAAUGACCUCCAAUUCAGUAUUUUAAUGAGAUUUACUGUUGACCAAACCCAAACACCUAGCCUGAAGACAGUCAAGCCAGCACUACAGGACCAGCUUCGCUCUUUUUGGAGCUCAAAGGUCAAAGUUGCAAUCCUUAAAUACAUAGAGACUCUCGCACAACAGAUGGAUCCAGGAGAUUUUGUAAAUUCAAGUGAAACUAGGUUAGCAGUGUCUCGAAUUAUCACCUGGACCACAGAACCUAAAAGCUCAGAUGUUAGGAAGGCUGCACAGUCAGUGCUAAUUUCCCUUUUUGAACUCAACACUCCAGAGUUUACAAUGCUAUUGGGUGCUUUACCAAAAACAUUUCAGGAUGGAGCCACAAAGCUUCUCCAUAAUCAUCUCCGGAAUACAGGCAACAGUGGUCAGGGAUCAAUGGGAAGUCCUUUAACAAGACCUACUCCACGCUCCCCAGCAAGUUGGUCAAGUCCUCUCACUUCCCCAACCAAUACAUCGCAGAACACUUUGUCACCAAGUGCAUUUGACUAUGACACUGAAAACAUGAAUUCUGAAGAUAUUUACAGCUCUCUUCGUGGAGUCACUGAAGCCAUUCAGAAUUUCAGUUUUCGUAGUCAGGAAGAUAUGAAUGAGCCUGUAAAACGAGAUUCCAAAAAAGAUGAUGGUGAUUCGCAGAUUUGCAGUGCUUCUGGAAUAGUAGACCUACGAGCAGGAAGUGGUGUGAGUGAUACGGGCCGAACAGCUCUCGAUAACAAAACGUCAUUACUCAACACAAUGCCUCCCCACUCUUCACCACGUUCACGAGAUUAUAACCCAUACAAUUACUCUGAUGGUAUCAGUUCCUUUAAUAAAUCUGCUUUGAAAGAAGCCAUGUUUGAUGAUGAUGCAGAGCAAUUUCCUGAUGAGCCUCCCAUGGACCAUUCUGAUCUGGUUGCAGAGUUACUGAAAGAGUUAUCAAACCAUAAUGAGAGAGUUGAGGAAAGAAAGGCUGCCCUGUAUGAGCUCAUGAAGUUAACUCAGGAAGAGUCUUUUGGUGUUUGGGAUGAGCACUUCAAAACAAUAUUACUUUUGCUGCUUGAAACACUUGGAGAUAAAGAGCAUGCUAUUAGAGCUUUGGCAUUGAAAGUUCUAAGAGAAAUUCUAAGAAACCAGCCAGCAAGGUUUAAGAAUUACGCAGAGCUCACGAUCAUGAAGACAUUAGAAGCACAUAAGGAUCCUCAUAAGGAGGUGGUGAGAUCUGCUGAAGAAGCUGCUUCCAUGCUGGCCACUUCCAUUAGUCCAGAUCAGUGCAUCAAAGUUCUUUGUCCAAUUAUCCAAACUGCAGAUUACCCCAUUAAUCUGGCUGCAAUCAAAAUGCAGACAAAAGUCAUAGAAAGAGUAUCUAAAGAAACCCUUACUCAGCUUUUACCAGAGAUUGUGCCAGGUCUAAUACAGGGUUAUGAUAAUUCAGAGAGCAGUGUUCGUAAGGCAUGUGUUUUCUGCCUUGUAGCCAUUCAUGCAGUAAUUGGUGAUGAGCUAAAACCACAUCUCAGUCAACUCACUGGCAGUAAAAUGAAGUUAUUGAACCUUUACAUCAAACGUGCACAAACAGGCUCUGGACCAGGGGAUACAACAGCAGAUAUGUCUGGACAAAGCUAAUGAAGCUGACAAGAGUUAACCAGGUCUCCUAAAGCAAGGGCAAGGCCCUCUUCAGUGAAAGGAAAAUUCUUACGUACAACUUUUGGAACUUUUUUCUUGGGGGGUUUUUUCCCUUUCUUCUGUUGGUUGUUUGUUUUGUUUGUUUGUUUUCUUUAACCAACGGCUGUCCUCAGCCUGCAUGUGACUGUUGCAAUAGAAAUAUUCCAAAUCCAAGGAAAAACAGUAUUAACAUCAGUUGAUCAAAGCAGAAUAAAAUUGAAAAAUAAUCUAAUCCAUCAGUUAUCCUGUUCACAAUCCUCUGUGUCUUCCCACUAACUUUUGCCAGUGUUACUGUAUUAAAAAAAAGAUAUUUUUUUUAAUGCUAAUUAAAACGGUAUGCUUUAAGCUUCAGAAGUUAAAAUAUAAAUUCCGUUGCUUUUAUUCAGCUGCAGGUAACAUUACUUUCUUAUUGCUGUUUUGUUUGAGUAUCAUGUCCUUCGCUAGAAACAAGAAGUGAUGUGAAACAAGGCUGAACUAGUCUGAACUGCAGUGAGACUCGUUCACUGUGUUGGUGGUUCAUCAUCUUAUUUACAGCUUGUUUGGGAUAUUCUAGAGAUUGAGAAAUAUGCCUAUAAAAAAAAAAAGCUGGAUCGAUCCAGUUCUGUAAAAGUGAUAUUGUUCAUUGGUUGUAUGUUUGUUGCAUAAAUAAGAAUUUAGUGUGCGCAGUAGAGGACUGGUACAACCAGUACCUCUUAACGUGGAAGACAGCCCUGUCAGGGUAGCAUUGCUGACCUGGUGAUAGUGUGGCAGUCUGCUUUUUAGCAGCAAAGUUAAUGGUCACUUGAUGGACGUGAACCAUCCUUGUCACCUUUCGUUCUUCAAGCAGGAUGCUUCAGAAUGGAGUGCUCUGCCCAAGCAUGCUCAGUAUGUAUUUAUCUUUAUCACUAGAAUGUUUCCUCUCAACCUAAUUGCUGGAACAAGUAGUCUUGUAUUGUAACUCACAUGGGAUUUUAUGACAACAGUGCAGAAAACUAUUUAUUCGUUACCUUCCUAAAAGCACCAAGAUUUUCUGCAUUGAAUUUAAAGGGGGGUGGGGGGAUGGGAAUAGUCACAAAUGCUAUGGAUCUUGCCACCUUUUAAUUUAAAAAAAAAAAUAUAUAUAUUUUGGAUGAGUAGGGAAAGCUGCACCAAAUUAUUUGCAUGGUUUUCUUGAAUAGCAUCCUCAAGACCCAUCUGGAUUAAGGUGUGGAAAUGUUUCCAGGGUUUGUUUUUCCAUUUUUGAAAAAGAGUUAGUUUAUUGUGAAUAAUGGUUCUUUGUAUUUAUGAACUUGAUAAUGGAAAGAGAACAAAGAUCAAGUAAAUGUGUCCCUAAAUGUUGUCUGUCUUCUUUCUUUUUUUUUUUUUUUUUGUUUUGUUUUGGAUAUAAGCAGCCAGCUAAUUAACUGAGAACUGGGAUGGAACAGUGCCCUUCCCAGGAAUGGUGGAACUUUAUUUUUUUCCUCACUUGUUUUUCCUUUGACUGUGAUGUUGUCUAGUUGUGGGAAGUGUAUCCUGAUAAGAGAGAAAAUAGUGGUGCCAAGGGUGAUGAUCUAUGCUAGGCUAAAAUUCUCUCUACCUCUUCAGGGUGACUAAUUCUUGACUGAGCUGCUGCAUAAUAGCACCCGGUGGAAGAACUAUCUACAGAAAAUCUUCUUUAUUUUUUUUUUUUCCAAAUUAUCAUUUAAUAUGUAUUCAAAACUCUAUUCUUCAACAUUGCAGCCAAAUGUCAUAAGAAACUACUUAUACACUUUACUUGCUAGGAACCCUGAAAAGCAAAACUGAAUAAAAAUUAAGCUAGAUGCUCGUAGUUAUAUGAAAGGUGGUUUUCACUUUAGUGAAACAGUAAAUGCAAUAGAAAGAGCUAAGAUGUGUUUGUUAAAGAAGCUAUGCCGUUGCAGAGAUUUAUUUGGAGGAAAAGUUGUAGAAAUAUAUGUAAAGACUUAAAAACAAGACUGUCAUAACUCAUCACUAGCCCUUUUUAGCAGCUACACCAAGAAAAUAGUAUCUCCUCUUUCUUUCCUUUGUUACGUGUAACAUUCUUGUUGUUUUCUACUGUUUAAUUACAUUGUGUAUUUAUAGUUCUAUGCUUACCAUUGUGCAUAUACUGGCAAUAAAAUGUACAUAACAUUACUUAAAAAAUUA